GAAGCGUUUAUCACUAAUUUAAGGAAGAGAUUCUUAAUUUAAGUUUCAGAUAUAUUUUUAGUUGUAUUUGCAAAAACACUUAAAUUUUCCAACACUGGCAGCGCACUGCAACCUGCUAGCACCGGCUGCAGCGCCGGCGGUUCACGUAAUUGAGAGUGAGCGCUUAGAAGAGCGCCGAUCUACACUGCCGCUUUCAGCUCACUAUAUAAGUGCGACUUGAGUCGUUGCCAAUCUCAAACGCAAAGCAGGCUCGAUCAUCUGUCAACACAACAGAUUCCAAAGUCAGAGCUAGCACAACUCAUAAGUUACAAUUGGCACUAACUAAGUUUAGUUCUGAUCGGAACGUGUAGUGAUCGUAACGAAAUUCCGCGUGCCAACAAUGAGAGUUUAAGAACAUAACAAAUUACAAAAGUUGUGUCGCAAGGAAACUUAUACUUGUGAUAUACUAGCAGGCACAUAAGUGAAUAUGACAUAAAUGCCAAUUAAAUUAAGAAAUUGCAGACAAUAACAGUAUUCGUAGUAGCGCGUCUAAACAAAAAAUCCUCUUUAAGUGUGAACUCACGUUUUAUUAACAAGAAUCGAAGAUAUUUGCACAUUUACAUACAUACAGACACUCGUAUGUGCUUGUCUCAUAAAUUUCGAAGAAAUUGAAUAAGUGAAAUACAACAAAGGGAAAUGCAUUUUAACAAGAUUUUUGGACUGCUUUUAGUUGCCACUUUGCUGCAAGCGGCGAGCGGACAAUCUUAUUAUUCCUGUUUGACACCCUAUAACACAUACGGACGCUGCAUGCCGAUCAAAAGAUGUGGCUUCUUUCAGAAACUCUUCGCUCAGUAUGGCCUCUCACUGCCACAAAACUAUGCAGCGGAUAUACUGAGGGCACGUUGUCAAGGUGGACCGGAGAUACAUAUCUGUUGCGAUGACAAUCUCACCCCAACUCCCCCAGCCGCACCUCCAACGAAACCUACGCUAACAAAUGGCGGCGGUGUGAGCUCCACCAACAAUAUUGGGUCGAUGGAUCCAGCAGGCUUAAGUAAAUUGCGUGAACAAAAAUGUGGCAACGCUGGCGGUGAGCGUGUAUCUCAUGGCGAAAAUGUCGAUCUUUAUGAAUUCCCGUGGAUGGCGCUUCUGAUUUAUGACUCCGUUCAGGACCCCUACAAAUGUGGUGGAUCAUUAAUAACAGAUAAUUUUGUUUUAACUGCAGCACACUGCAUGGUAGGCGUGGAAGGUCGAAUAAUUGGUGUUCGUUUGGGAGAGCAUGAUUUAUCCGAGCCUGAAGACUGCAUAAUAGUGAAGUCACGAAGGCUUUGCGCUCCACCGGUUGAAGACGUAGGUGUGGAAAAGAUGAUUCCCCAUCCGAAUUUCAGCAAUGCACGCAAAACCAAUGAUGUCGCUUUGGUCAAACUGAACCGUUCGGUGAGAUUUCAAAGACACAUCAAGCCCAUUUGCUUGCCCAUCAUCCCUGAAGCGGCGGAAAUACCCAUAGAUAGACGCUUCUUCAUAGCAGGUUGGGGUGGCACAGAGAACGGCCAGACGUCGAACAUCAUGCAAAAAGCUUUGGUUCCGUUUAAAACUCGUAUGGAAUGCCAACACAUAUUUCGGCGGACGCCCAUCAAUGAAAAUCAUCUCUGCGCCGGUGGCGAUGGGCGCAUCGACACUUGCAAAGGGGACUCUGGUGGGCCACUCUUCUAUUUAGCACCGUAUAGUGGAUCUCAGAAAUCUUUACGCUAUGUCCAAUACGGUGUUGUCUCCUUCGGUGGCACGGAGUGUGGCGGCGACAGAAAUUCCCCGGGCAUUUAUGCGAAUGUGACAAACUUUAUGCCGUGGAUAACCAGAAAUAUUGCUCAAAAUUUAAAUUAAUUGCGGAAAUAUUUGUACUUGUACGAUAUUGUUGUAUUAUCUUCAAGACGUUAACACUUUUAAGCCAUAUUUUUUAUUCUUAUUUAUGUAAUAUCUAUUUAUAUUUUAUAUGUAUGAAUAUAAAAACUCAAUAAUAUUAGGUUAUAUAAGUAUGAAGUGCCUUAAAACUAGCCCCAUGUUGGAGCUACAAACAAAUAAAUAAGACUCAAUUUUUUAUAAUUUAUAA